AUAGCCGUAUUGGGUUGGAUGUCCUUUGUUAAAACCGUUAACGAUUGAACGUCUUCCGUCUGUCAAAAUCUCGCGUAGGAACACGAUCUUUCAGCCAGUUUCAGUCACCUUACAUGUGGUGUGUUCGCCGGUUAUUUGUGCUAAUUAAGAAAUAACUUGUAAGAAAUUGUUAUAUAUCGUGUGUAGGACCAACGAUCAUGCACCAAGAAACGUUACAGCUAAUACACAUACUCGAGAAGACCGUUUCGUCAGACAAAAAUGAAUUGGAACAGGCGUCUAAUUUCCUGGAACAGGCAGCGGCAACAAAUCUCGCGGAAUUUAUCAAAACUUUGUCAGACAUCCUUAGACAUGGUGGGAAUAGCCCGGUGGCUCGAAUGGCAGCCGGUUUACAACUCAAAAAUCGGCUCACCUCCAAGGAUCAAAACCUCAAAUCUGCCUAUCAACAACGUUGGCUUGAAAUGCCCCAAGAAACUCGAGGCUAUGUUAAAAAAAAUAUUGUAGGAGCUUUAGGAACAGAAACAAGUAGACCAUCAUCUGCCGCUCAAUGUGUAGCCUACGUAGCUGUAACUGAGCUACCCCAAGGACAAUGGCCAACAUUAAUAACCACCCUAGUGAACAACGUGAUAGCAGCGAAUGUGACCGAAAUGCAAAAAGAGGCUACACUAGAAGCAAUCGGAUACAUUUGUCAAGAAAUCGAUUCGGAAGCGUUAGUGUCUCAAUCGAACGAAAUUUUAACCGCCAUCAUACACGGAAUGCGUAGCUCGGAACCUAGCAAUCACGUUCGAUUGGCCGCCACACAAGCCCUUUUAAAUUCACUCGAGUUCACAAAAAACAAUUUCGAUCGAGAGGCGGAGAGAAAUUUUAUUAUGGAAGUGGUUUGCGAGGCGACGCAAUCCCAAGAUACCCAAAUUAAAGUCGUCGCUUUACAAUGUUUGGUGAAGAUUCUCACUUUGUAUUAUCAGUAUAUGGAACCUUACAUGGCGCGCGCUCUUUUCCCGAUCACUCUUGAGGCGAUGAAAUCUGAAAAUGACGCCGUUGCACUUCAAGGCAUUGAAUUUUGGUCUAACGUCAGCGAUGAAGAAGUCGAUUUGGCUAUUGAAGACACUGAAGCCGCUGAAGCAGGACGACCGCCUACAAGAGUAUCUAGGCAUUAUGCCAAAGGAGCCUUGCAAUAUAUUGUACCAAUAUUGUUACAAAAACUAACCAAACAACAAGAGGUUGAUGAUGAAGAUGAUUGGAACCCAAGUAAAGCCGCUGGCGUCUGCUUAAUGUUAUUAGCAACCUGUUGUGAAGACGAAAUUGUACAACACGUCCUCCCAUUUAUUAAAGAUAAUAUAAAAUCAGAUAAUUGGCGAUUCCGCGAUGCUUCAUUAAUGGCUUUCGGAUCGAUUCUCGGCGGGUUAGAAAAUUCCACCUUAAAACCGUUGGUAGAACAAGCCAUGCCAACGCUUAUUGAACUCAUGUAUGACAGUACCGUUAUUGUUCGAGAUACUGCCGCAUGGACUUUUGGAAGGAUUUGUGAAAUUAUUCCGGAAGCUGCAAUUAAUGAUGCAUUUUUAAAACCUUUAUUGGAGUGUUUGAUAAACGGUUUAAAGGCGGAACCGAGAGUUACGGCGAAUAUCUGUUGGGCGUUUACCGGAUUGGCAGAAGCGGCUUAUGAAGCCGCCGAAACUGAAGACAUGACGACUCCAGAAACGUAUUGUCUAUCACAGUAUUUUGAAUUUAUCGUUCAAAGGUUAUUGGAAACUACGGAUAGGCCGGAUGGGGCUCAAGCUAACUUAAGACCGGCCGCAUAUGAAGCUUUGAUGGAAAUGGUUAAGAAUUCGCCGAAAGAUUGCUACGUAACCGUGCAAAGAACAACUAUGGUUAUUUUAGAAAGGUUACAACAAGUUUUACAAAUGGAAAAUCACAUAACCAGCCACAACGAUCGAUCACAAUUCCACGACCUUCAAUCGCUUUUAUGCGGAACUUUACAAUCAGUUUUAAGAAAAGUAACACCUGAAGAUGCUCCACAUAUCUCCGAUGCAAUCAUGACGGCCAUGUUGACAAUGUUUAAUUCGAACUCAUGUAAAAGCGGCGGUGUUCAAGAGGACGCCCUAAUGGCCGUUUCAACGUUAGUUGAAGUAUUAGGGGACGGAUUCUUAAAAUAUAUGGACGCUUUCAAACCAUUUUUAUAUAUCGGCUUAAAAAAUCACCAAGAAUAUCAAGUUUGUAUAACAGCUGUUGGAUUAACGGGUGAUAUUUUUAGAGCGUUAAAAGUGAAAACGCUGCCGUAUUGCGACGAGAUUAUGACACUUUUACUAGAAAAUCUUAGCGAUGACAGCGUUCAUCGUAGCGUUAAACCACAAAUUCUUUCAGUUUUUGGUGACAUCGUUUUAAGCAUCGGUUCGGAAUUCAAAAAAUACCUCAACGUCGUUCUGGCCACUUUAAUGCAAGCUUCUCAAGCGCAAGUUGAUCGCGACGACUUCGACAUGCUCGACUAUUUGAACGAGUUGCGCGAAGGCGUUUUGGACGCUUACACGGGGAUUAUUCAAGGUUUGAAAGGUGACGGACCGACGCCUCAUCCAGAUGUGAUGCUGUUAGAACCGCACAUUACGUUUAUUGUGCAGUUUAUAACAGUGGUCGCUCAAGAUAACGAGAAUUCCGAUGCGGUGAUCGCACUUACGGCCGGAUUAGUCGGGGAUUUGUGUGCGUCAUUUGGAGCUCAUAUGUUGGAACUGCUCGAUAAUGAUGUUAUUAAUGAAAUGUUGACGAAGGGUAGGCGUAGCAGAACCACACGUACGAAAACUUUAUCUACAUGGGCUACUAAAGAAUUGAGAAAAUUAAAGAAUAAUCAAACAAGUCAGGUUAAUUCAGCUGCAGCUAGUUGAUUUACUUUGGGUAGUUGUGUUAGAGGAGGAAGCAACGAGAAGGUUUGGUCUACGGCAUCAAUUAUGGAUUCACAUUAAACUUUUGAAGUAUAAAGAAAAAAAAAAUAUAAAAACAUCUUUAAUUAAUUUUCAGUUCUCAAAAGAAUAUAAAUCGGUUCGUCGAAAAAGUUUUUUGCCGUAUCACUCUUUAUCAAUUGAACCGAAACUGAAUCAAGAAAAAAAUAAAAUAAAUAAGGUUUCGGUUGGUUGAUUGGGCGUGUUCUUGAAACAAAAAAUCCCCGCCGAUUUUUACGUGUAGUUGACAGACGACAUGGUACCGUCCCCAUCCAAUUCUUUCGAAAAAAAAAAAAUUAUUAAAAUGAAUUUUUGAAAACCACCGGGGUGCCGCGCGUGUAUGUGUGAAACUGUUGUAGACUAUGAUGAACCACGAAAGUUUGAACGAGUCCGUGAAUGUUGUUACCAUAUUUAGCUGCUGUGCGUUGUUGAAAAAAAAAUAAGUGCCGUGAAUAAAAUGUGUUGUAAAAGAAUUUAAAAAAAUAAUGCAAGGGUAGAGUACGUCGUUUGUUGCUCAAGACUGAAAAAGAAGAAGUAAAAGGAGAAGCAAAAGAAGAGUGGUGAUAAUUGUAUAAUUCCUCUCUCUCUCUCUUGUAUCGUAAUCACACAUCAAUAAUCCUAUGUUGGUUCUCAUUACUUUUUUUUUAAUAACUGUAAUUUUAAUUCGAAAUAAAAAGGAGCAUUUUUCACCUGUUUA